AUGGUCAGGCGACACCCGAGACCUGAGUACUGGUUCCUCAGCUUUCUGAUUGGUAGCCUGUCCAGAGAACUCUUAGACUUUACUGCCCUUGCUGAUAAUCACACUUCAAAAGAUUUUGGUGCUGCUGCUGCCACCGUCGAGACCUCGGGAGAUGUUUAUGAAUACGUGGACAUCCCCUUGGACUGGUGGCAUGCGAACAGACACUGUGAACAACGCUUUGCGCAGCUGCUCUUUGAGCUCCCGAACAGUGAGCUGGCUUCGGUCAGCAAACUGCUGCGCUCCCACCAAGUCCAAAGCUCUGUCUGGUUAGACGAGAGGGAGGCAUUCCUGCGAAAACACAAACAGAGACGAAUUCACACAGCACCAAUCCUGGUGUUCAGAAACAAAACAGACACUAAGUACGUGAAGGUGCUGGCCAACUUCCCCGUAAUGCCUGCUGUCACCGCCUGUGCCCACAUCCAGUGGGACAACAAGACCCAGGAGAUUUCCACCAUCUUCUCCUAUGCCGUCCCUGCUUUCAUUAACGAGUUCCAGCUGCGCGGCUUCAUUGAUGAGGAAGGGUUUGUACGAUUUGCCAUCAUCGUCCAUGGACACCACUCCCCGUACCUGCCCAUGUUCCGCAGCGAUGGGCAGUGGCAUCACUUCUGUGUCACCUGGCAGCAGCAGAACGGGACGUGGGCCAUCUACGCCGAUGGGAAGAAGAAGGCCUCUGCCGCUGGACUGUGUGCCGCAGGGCCGCCGGCCAGCCAGGCUAUUUACGAUCAUGGAACUUUUAUUAUUGGGCAAGACCAGGAUUCACUAGGGGGCACCUUCAAGGAGAAAGAGUCCUUCAGUGGGAACAUCACUGACCUGAACGUGUGGCGUAGAGUCCUUAGCGAAGAGCAGAUAGAGAGAGUCCGGUCGUGCUGCCUGAUAGACCAUGAGCUUAUCUUCGGGUGGGGCAGCUACACUCUGGAGAUCGAGCCCGCUGUACAAGAAGUGACAGCACAGUUCCUUUGUCCAGGGCCUGUGGAGCAAUGCAGGGUUCUGAACGUUGGCAGUGGUGGAGUCAGUGACACUUCUUGUUUGCAUUCGUUGCCUUUCGUCUGCCACUACAAGAAGGAUGUGUAUUUACUCUUGAAGAAAACCCAGUCAGAAUCCAGCCCGCCACUGAUCAGUCGGGUUAAUACCCUCGCAAAUGCUAUCGUGAUUCCUGAGAAUGUUUUCUUGGGCGAUGUUAGAGACGUGAACAUCUCAGCAGCUGUCCAUGUUCUCCAUGCUCUGACGACCGUCCUGAGGGAGCAGGAGACCCCAGUGAAGCCAGCUGACCUGCUUGGUGUGGUCCAGUUUCUAAAGCAAGUUUCAGACGUUGAAGUCCAGGAGCAGGAACAGCUGGAGAUGCUGGAGCAGCUGAGCCAGUAUUACGUGGAAGUGACUGGACUGAUCCUGGAGGAGCAAAAUACUGACCAGUGGUCAGAAAUUAGCCAGAUUAUCAGAGGGCCUAUGACUGUUGUAGAGAACAUGGACAGAAUGGCUUCAAACCUAGACCAACUUCUGACUGCAGAAAGGACAAAGAUAGCGAUCCAGUACAGGAACAUCGGGAUCGAAGUCAGGAAGAUGGAGCUCAGCCGGCAGGAGCCCAGCAGUGACGUGUAUCUGAUCCAAAGCCAGGAGGCAGGCGGGCCUGACCUCAUAGAAGUUCCCCCUGAAGAAGUAGAAAGACUUAAAGCCAAAGGUCUCAGCAGAGUCACUGCGAUCAACACGUGGUACGGCCACUCCUCCCUCCAGUGCUUCCUCCCGGGGAGCAGCGCCGUGUUCCAGGACGUGGCCGCGUCUGACGGAGGACGGCGGUAUCUGAGCACACAGGUGGGCUCUGCCAUUAUUUCAUCCACUCUACGCAGCGACUACCAGGAGAUCAGCACAUCUGUACGCUAUCGCCUGCAGCACCGCACCCAGGACCCGCCUGAGAAGCUUGUGGAACCGAUCUGCGCUUUCUGGAACUUCAGCAUCAGCCCAGACACCGGGGGAAUGUGGUCCACUGUAGGCUGCUCCAUCAUAAUGUCUCACCUGGAAUCCACCGCCUGCUUCUGCAACCACACCACCAACUUUGCAGUGCUGCUGCAGGUGUAUGAAGUGCAGAGGAGCUCAGAGGAGGAGCUGACUCUGAAGACCCUGACGUUUAUUGGAUGUGGAGUUUCUUUCUGUGCCCUGAUUGUUACAUUCAUUUUAUUCCUGGCAGUCGGCGUUCCUAAGAGCGAACGAACAACCGUGCACAAGAAUCUGAUCUUUGCUUUAGCUGCAGCUGAAGCUCUGCUCAUGUUUAGUGAAUUGGCCAAAACCAACCAGGUACUGUGCUUUGCUGUCACAGCUUUCCUCCACCUCUUCUUCAUGGCGGCCUUUUCUUGGAUGCUGGUAGAAGGGCUUCUCCUGUGGAGCAAAGUGGUUGCCGUCAACAUGAGUGAAGACAGGAGAAUGAAGUUUUACUAUGUGACUGGCUGGGGCCUGCCAGUCGUUAUUGUUGGUGUGACUUUGGCAACUUCAUUUAACAAGUACGUGGCAGACAAUCAUUGCUGGCUGAAUGUUCAGACCGAUAUCAUCUGGGCGUUCGUUGGGCCAGUUCUCUUUGUUCUGACGGUAAAUACCUUCGUGCUGUUCCGGGUGGUGAUGGUCACAGUGUCCAGUGCACGGAGGAGGUCAAAGAUGCUGACCCCCAGCAGCAGCCUGGAGAAACAGAUUGGAAUCCAGAUAUGGGCCACAGCCAAGCCCAUCUUGGUGCUGCUGCCAGUCCUGGGCCUGACGUGGGUUUGUGGGGUCCUGGUUCACCUCAGCAUCAUCUGGGCUCAUGUCUUCAUUGUGUUGAACUCCCUCCAGGGCUUGUACAUCUUCCUGGUCUAUGCAAUCUAUAACAGUGAGGUGAGGAACGCCAUACAGAGGAUGAAGGAGAAGAAGAAAGCUCUCUCGUUCACAAACUGUUCUCAUCCGAUCAAUUAUCUGUCAAGUCCAAGAAAUACAACCUCCUGGGAGACUGGGAAGCUGAAUCCUUCUGCGCCCGAGAGCGCCAUGUCCAGCCCUGUGCAGAAAGAUCCCCCACUGAAGAACAUUACCAACAAAGGAAACUUUGGUGCUAAAAUUCCUAUGGGGAUUUCCUCAAUGAUGUCACCAGAGAGACCGGCUGUAGAGCUGACAGCAUUCAAAUCCUCAGGUAACUUCUCCCUCCAUCAUUUCCGCUUCUCUUUGUGCUUGAGAUAA